AUGAGCGCACAGGCAUACUACGAGCUUUACCGCGGGAGCAGUCUCGGUCUGUCGUUGACCGACACCCUCGAUGACUUGAUCAACGAAGGGCGCAUCGAGCCCCAACUCGCGAUGAAGAUUCUCUCCACAUUUGACCGCGUUAUCACUGAAGUCCUCGCUGAAAAGGUCCGCACUCGCUUGACUUUCAAGGGCCAUCUCGAUACCUACAGAUUCUGCGACGAAGUCUGGACCUUCCUGAUCAAGGACGUCAACUUCAAGCUGGACAACCAGCAGACUAUCAGCGCGGACAAGGUGAAGAUCGUGAGCUGCAACAGCAAGAGGCCCGGCGAGGCGUGA